UCAAAAUCUAAUUGAAGAAACAAUAUAAUUGUUUUAAGUCAAAAUAUAUGGGCAUGAAGAAUCUCUCAUUUCUUGCAGUCCUAUCUCUCCUAGCUUUAACUCUUCCAUUAGCCAUUGCUUCUGACCCAAGCCCCCUUCAAGACUUCUGCGUCGGCGUCAACACCCCAUCAGAUGGUGUGUUUGUGAAUGGAAAGUUCUGCAAAGACCCAAAGCUCGUCACCGUGGAUGACUUCUUUAUGGCAGGGCUUCAAAAUGCAAGACCCGUAGCUAAUGUAGUCGGGUCGAAUGUCACAGCCGUUAAUGUUAACAACCUUCCAGGGUUAAACACCCUUGGAAUCUCGCUUGUCCGCAUAGAUUAUGGAGUAAAUGGACAAAACCCACCUCACACCCACCCACGUGCUACCGAGAUCCUCUAU